AUGGAAGCUCUUCCUUUCUUUGUUGGAGUGAUAGGAAACAUCAUCUCUGUAUUGUUCUUCCUUUCUCCCGUGAAAACAUUUUGGAUAGUGUUGAAGAAAAGAUCAACCGAAGAAUUUGACAGUCUUCCUUAUAUUUCGACUUUCCUCACAGCUGCUUUGUGGGCUUACUAUGGCCUAAUCAAACCUGAUGGCUUUCUCAUUGUCUCUGUCAAUAUCUUUGGAAUUUCCCUUCAAAUUUGCUACCUCACCAUUUUCCUUCUAUUUUCACCUCCAAACAUGAGGGUUAGAACAGCAACUCUAGUAGCAAUUUUCAACGUUGGAUUCGUGGGAGCAACAAUCUUGAUAUCGUAUUUGAUGUUACAUGGCUCUUCUCGAAUCGAGGUCAUUGGAUUCAUUUGUGCUGCUCUCAACAUUAUGAACUGUGGUUCGCCUCUUGGAAUAGCGAGGAAAGUGGUGAGAACUAGAAGUGUGGAGUAUAUGCCAUUUCUUCUCACUUUGUGCAUAUUUUUGAACUCUGGGGUUUGGACUUUCUAUGCUGUGCUUGUCAAAGAUCCCUACAUUGGAGUACCCAAUUUGAUUGGAUUCCUUCUUGGAGUCAUGCAAUUGGUAAUCUACGUCAUUUACAUGAACGAGUCUAAAUCAUCCAAGGAGGAUCAUUCAUCGAUACACGAUCAACUUCUUCCACCACAUUCCGAUAUGAACGAGUCUAAAUCAUCCAAGGAGGAUCAUUCAUCGAUACACGAUCAACUUCUCCCACCACAUUCCGAUACAACACGUGAUCUCUUAUCGUAACUCUUCUUCACAUAAUAAACGACGAAUUCUUAAAUUUUAAUGGGUCUAUGUAUAUGUCGAUAAGGGCAUGAAUCAAAAUUUCUCAAUUUUAAUUUUUUUUUUUUCUAAUAACAUUUAGUUGGAUCUCCCAUAGCUAAGAUGAACUCAUUUGUAAUAGUAGAUUCACCGUUAUUUGAGAAGUACCCUCUCUCGUUCUCUGUGAAUGAUGUUCUU